CGUCACGUGAUUACCCACCUUUUUUAUUAUUAUUUCCGGUCUUGUCAUUACACUUCCGGAACUGCGCAGUGUAGGUCAGCUGACAGAUGUGUGCGGGUCCAGUGUUCACGGCUGUUCUGGAAACCCCAACAUUUACACCACUUGAGGGCAAUUAAGGAUCAGUGAGUGCUACUGAACAGUCCUUUCUCUAGUUCCCUUCGCUUGCACCAUGAGUGCUAGCACCCCGAAAACGCUCUGUACAUCAGGGCAGCAAUCCAUCCAAGACAUUUGCCACCCUCUCUCUGCGGAGGAGUCCGUCCGCACCCCAAGCCCAGAUGUAGGAAACACCACCGGUAGCAUCGGGGAGAAGGAUCUCAGUCUGCCCAAUGGGACGCCAGUGGACACCUCUAGCCCCGCCUCUUCCUCUUCCCUGUUGAAUCGGCUGCAGCUGGAUGAUGACCUGGAUGGCGAGACCCGUGACCUCUUCGUCACCGUCGAUGACCCCAAGAAACACGUGUCCACCAUGGAGACAUACAUCACGUACCGAGUCUCGACAAAGACCACCAGGGUGGAGUUUGACCUGCCGGAGUACUCGGUGAGGCGGCGGUACCAGGACUUUGACUGGCUGCGGAUCAAGCUGGAGGACACCCAGCCCACGCACCUCAUACCACCCCUGCCAGAGAAGUUUGUGAUGAAGGGAGUGGUGGACAGGUUCUCAGAAGAGUUUGUGGAGACACGGCGGAAAGCGCUGGACAAGUUCCUCAAGAGGGUGGCAGACCACCCGGUGCUGUCCUUCAACGAACACUUCAACGUCUUUCUCUCCGCUAAGGACUUGAACGCGUACAAGAAGCAGGGCCUGGCGCUGCUGACCAAGAUGGGGGAGUCGGUGAAGUACGUGACGGGCGGCUACAAGCUGAGGGGGCGGCCGCUGGAGUUCGCUGCCAUGGGCGACUACCUGGAUGUCUUCACGCAGAAGCUGGGCACCAUCGACAGGAUAGCACAGAGAAUCAUCAAAGAGCAAUCAGAGUACCUGGUGGAGCUGCGUGAGUAUGGUCCGGUGUACUCCAGCUGGGCGGGUUUCGAGGGGCCGCUUCAGGAGCCGCUGGAGGGCGUGGCGGGCUGCGUGGCCAACUGCGCCGGCGCGCUGGACGAGCUCACCGAGGACAUGAGCGACGACUUCCUGCCCGUGCUCAGGGAGUACGUCCUCUACAUCGAGUCCAUGAAGACUGUCCUGAAGAAGCGAGACAACGUCCAAGCGGAGUACGAGGCCAAGCUGGAGGCCGUGGCCUUCCGGAAAGAGGAGAGGACGGCGCCCCCGACGGACGUGGAGAAGUGCCAGGACCGCGUGGAGUGCUUCAACGCCGACCUGAAGGCCGACUGGGACCGCUGGCAGAACAACAAGAGGCAGGACUUCAGGCAGCUACUCACCGGCAUGGCCGACAGAAACAUCCAGUACUACGAGAAGUGCCUUUCGGCUUGGGAGUCCAUCAUCCCGUUGUUACAGGACAGACCGGAAAACACCAAGACGGAAACCAGCUGAGGCGACGUCUCCGUGGCAACAAGCUCCGCCUCUCUACGCCCCACCCCGCGGCCCAAUGGUGUCGCUCGGAGCGGUCACGUGACCUGUGCGGGGAUCGCCUCCUGGUUGGUGGGGGUCUUCCCUGUCAACCAGGUGUGGGGAGGGGGUUCACAGACUUGAUGAUAAAGACUGCAAGUAUAAUUAUGGAGGUGACGGUUUGUUUUCUUUGCCCCAUCCCUCUCUACCCUGCGUGUGUGUGUGUGUGUGUGUUUGUGUGUGAUGAUGACCACCGAAGACACUGCCCGUGCGGUGCAACGUGUGGUCGAACGGCUCGCUCACAUUCUGUACAGCAAAACGCCACACCAUGCCACAAGCACACCAUGUCAGCCAAGCCACAGGCCCGAGCCCAAAGGAUUGUGGGAUUGAUGGAGUUUGGGGGGGGUGGGGGCUGAUAAAGGGGCAUCAUGGAAGCUAACAUGUACAGUUUUUGUUUUGUUUUGUGUGAUGUUUGUUGUUUGAGAGAGAGACUUAAGAGAUCGUUUGUCAUUUUUAGGCAAAUGGUUGCCAAUACUUUUAUAACUUAAGCUCGUUUUUUUCAAUUACUGUAUCUGGUGGGAGACCAUUUUGUUGUUAUUCUUUUUUUCAUGUGUUUCUUGUUUUCUGUGUGUGUGUGUUUUGUUUUGUUAUGUUUUGGUUCGGUUCGGUUCUACCUUCAAUCCAAGGAAAGGCUGUUGAAGGUCUGCCCAGAGUUUGUUCUGGCCAAAGAUGAAGACGGAUCCACAAGUCUGGUACUGAAGUCUUAAAGCCCCACUAGAAAAAGCCUGGCGGUAGUCGAGCGCUAAGACGGAGAUCAGCCAUGUUGAUUUCACCCCCGGCUCUGUUGACGCCUGCUUCUUCAUGAAUGUUGCUGCCUCUCCCCUUGCCCCCCUAACCCCCAACACCCCGAAUAUUUAUCUGUGACACCCCCCCCCCCCCUCAAAAAAAAAAAAAGUGACUGCUAGCUCGCUGAUGAAGGACGCGGUGUGUCGGACUUGAAAGGCGAACGAUUGGGACGUCUCUGCCUAGUCAUCCAUGCCAAGCCUCCCAGUGAGCCCAGGUGUCGUGUGAAAGGAUUACCGGUUGGUCGUCAUGGCAAGUUGCGGUCACCUUGUGGCCAUCCGCAAGGUUGCCAGGGAGAUAAACAUUUUUGUCUUUGUUUUUUUUGGUUAUUCCCCAUGAAGUUGAUGCCGUUGCAGAACUGAAGGAACUGUUGCCCUGUUGCUUUGUAUGUUGUUCAUCCUGCUGAAGACUCCUCUUUGUUAUAUCAUUUGUAAUAAGCCAAGUAACCUUCCCAUGUAAAAUGUGUGGAAAUG